AAAAAAAUGAGGAUUAUUAUUUUUUCUUGGCACUUUCUCGGGGUGUAUUCCGCCCUUUGGGGGCUGGCGACGGGGGCUUUCCCCAGCUCAGUGCAGAUAGGCGGGUUGUUCAUUAGGAAUACUGAUCAGGAGUAUACAGCGUUCCGACUAGCUAUCUUCCUUCACAACACCAGCCCUAAUGCUACGGAAGCUCCCUUUAACCUGGUCCCGCAUGUCGACAACAUAGAGACCGCCAACAGCUUUGCCGUCACCAACGCAUUCUGUUCUCAGUAUUCAAGGGGCGUCUUUGCCAUCUUCGGCCUUUACGACAAGCGCUCAGUGAACACGCUGACGUCGUUCUGUGGGGCCCUGCACAUCAGCCUUGUGACACCCAGUUUCCCCACUGAAGGAGAGGGCCAGUUCACCCUGCAGCUCCGGCCGUCCAUCAGAGGGGCUUUGCUUUCACUGCUGGACCACUAUGACUGGAGCCGAUUUGUCUUCCUCUACGACACAGACAGAGGUUAUGCAAUACUGCAGGCAAUUAUGGAGAGAGCGGGGCAGAACGGAUGGCAGGUGAGUGCAAUCUGUGUGGAGAGUUUCAAUGAGGCAGCGUAUCGCCGACUCCUAGAGGACCUGGAUCGACGUCAAGAGAGGAAGUAUGUCAUUGACCUGGAGCCUGAGCGACUACAGAACAUCCUAGAACAGGCCGUCAGUGUGGGGAAACAUGUAAAAGGUUACCAUUACAUCAUAGCCAACCUGGGUUUUAAGGAUAUAUCUCUGGAGAGGUUCAUGCACGGCGGGGCAAACGUGACUGGUUUCCAGCUGGUGGACUUCAGCAAGCCUAUAGUCAUUAAACUGAUGCAGCGCUGGAACAAACUGGAUCAGAGAGAGUACCCUGGAUCUGAUAGCCCACCUAAGUAUACCUCUUCUCUAACAUACGAUGGCGUCCUUGUGAUGGCCGAGGCCUUCCGCACCCUUCGCCGUCAAAAAAUUGAUAUCAGUCGCCGUGGCAACGCUGGCGACUGCCUCGCCAAUCCAGCUGCUCCCUGGAACCAAGGAAUAGAUAUGGAACGUGCACUCAAACAGGUGCGCAUUCAAGGCCUGACUGGGAACAUUCAGUUUGAUCACUAUGGUCGGAGGGUCAACUACACCAUGGACGUGUUUGAACUGAAGAGCAACGGACCACGCAAGAUCGGCUACUGGAACGACAUAGACAAACUUGUGUUGGUCCAGAAUGAAAAUGCCCUGUCUAAUGACAGCUCAGCGAUGGAGAACCGGACUGUAGUCGUGACCACCAUCAUGGAGGGUCCCUACGUGAUGCUAAAGAAGAAUUGGGAGCUCUAUGAAGGCAACGACCAAUACGAGGGAUACUGUGUGGACUUGGCUUCAGAGAUUGCCAAACACAUCGGAAUCAAAUACAAGAUCUCCAUUGUACCGGAUGGGAAAUAUGGAGCCAGAGAUCCAGAGACGAAGAUAUGGAACGGCAUGGUCGGAGAGCUCGUGUAUGGGAAAGCAGAAAUCGCUGUGGCUCCGCUGACCAUCACUCUGGUGAGAGAAGAAGUGAUCGACUUCUCGAAGCCCUUCAUGUCUCUGGGUAUCUCCAUCAUGAUCAAGAAGCCCCAGAAGUCUAAACCAGGCGUUUUCUCUUUCCUGGACCCACUGGCCUACGAGAUCUGGAUGUGCAUAGUGUUCGCUUACAUUGGAGUCAGCGUCGUGCUGUUUUUGGUGAGUCGCUUCAGUCCGUACGAGUGGCAUGCAGAGGAGCCAGAGGAGGGUGCCCCGGAGCAGGGUCCCACUGACCAACCGCCCAACGAGUUUGGUAUCUUCAACUCCCUCUGGUUCUCACUGGGAGCUUUCAUGCAACAGGGCUGCGACAUCUCACCACGGUCUCUGUCUGGACGUAUUGUUGGAGGUGUGUGGUGGUUCUUCACCCUCAUCAUCAUCUCCUCUUACACAGCCAACCUGGCUGCCUUCCUCACUGUGGAGAGGAUGGUCUCACCCAUAGAGAGUGCAGAGGACUUGGCCAAACAGACAGAGAUUGCCUACGGGACAUUGGACUCAGGCUCUACUAAGGAGUUCUUCAGGAGGUCCAAAAUAGCCGUGUACGAGAAGAUGUGGUCCUACAUGAAAUCUGCCGAGCCGACUGUCUUCACCAAAACCACAGCGGAGGGCGUGGCGAGGGUCCGCAAGUCCAAGGGGAAGUACGCCUUCCUCCUGGAGUCCACCAUGAACGAAUACACGGAGCAGCGCAAGCCUUGUGACACCAUGAAAGUCGGGGGGAACCUGGACUCCAAAGGAUAUGGCAUUGCUACACCGAAAGGCUCACAGUUAAGAAACGCGGUCAACCUGGCCGUGCUAAAGCUCAACGAGCAGGGCCUGUUGGACAAAUUGAAAAACAAGUGGUGGUAUGACAAAGGAGAAUGUGGCAGCGGGGGAGGGGAUUCCAAGGACAAGUCGUCCCAGGCUCUGAGCCUGUCCAACGUGGCUGGGGUCUUCUACAUCCUUGUGGGCGGCCUGGGCCUGGCCAUGCUCGUGGCCCUGGUCGAGUUCUGCUACAAGUCCCGGGCCGAAGCCAAGCGCAUGAAGCUGUCGUUUUCUGAAGCCAUGCGAAACAAGGCCCGUCUGUCCAUCACAGGAAGUGUGGGGGAGAAUGGCCGCGUCUUGACGCCAGACUGCCCCAAAGCCGUGCAUGCUGGCCACGCCUCCCUCCGACACCCCGGCCUUGCAGUGGUCUCCUCUGGACUGCCCUGAAAACCAAAAACACCUGCCGUGCCUUAAUGACACAAUAUACAGACUUCGGA